GGGAAGAGGAGUAUGAGAGCUUAAGUGAGAUCAAUAUUACCAGCUGAAACAGAAACCAUCCUGAGUACACAGCAGCAGAACCAAGCCAACACUAAUGCAACUAACACUUCAGAGUCCUGUCAGAAGGCCGGCUCGGUUCUCCACACAAACACCUCCUGUUGUGAUUGCUUUCGUGGAAGAACAUUUCUGGGUAUCUCAGGUUUCCUCUGAUAAAAAGCCUCAGUGAUUUUCUGCUCCAUUUUCUUUACCAAAAGCCCCCAACAUGACACAUCCCCUCUCUCCGUCACAGGAACUUUCUCGCCAUCAUAAAACUGUUAGAAGCAACUGUAUGCCCCAAAAAUAUCUCCCUGGCCAAGAGCCCAACUUCCCCUCAUCGACCAUCACUGAGGGCACAUUUACAGUUUUACUGCCUGGUCCUCCAGUCCACUCUGACAGCAUGUGCUUCCUAACCGCUCAGAUUAUUCUGAAUCAUUUCACUUAAGGGCCCAGAUGCUACCUGUCUGCUGGCCUUUGCUGAGAGGGUGAUUAAGUCAGGCUGGUGUUGGAUAAAUGCGCCAUACUUCUGCCUGAGUGGCUGCGUCUCCUUAUCUGUCAUCAUGUCGUGUGCCUCGCCCCCAACGCGCCCACAUCUUGGCCACCGCCUCCUUUGUUGCUGUUGUUACCUGAUGGUGAGCUUUUACUUCUGCAUCAGAGAUGAGUGUGGACCAAGGAGAAAGAGCUUGGCUCGCUUUUCACCUCUAUCCCACAGAACUUGAGCAGAGAUCUUUGAGCUUUAGCAGACUGGUCUAAAGAGAUGGAUCUUACGGUCACCGACUAUGUUGCUCUUUCUGUUUACACCUUCACCUUCUUGCUGGGGCUUCCUGCCAACCUGCUCGUCUUCUUCGUGUACAUCCGCAAGGCUCGUAAACAUGGUGCCACACCAAACGUCGUCUACGCCCUUAACCUAUGUCUGGCCAACCUGGCGUUUAUGGCCUGGCUGCCCAUCAAGGUUUUAGAGACACUUCUGAAGGACUGGAUGCUACCAGCACCUGUGUGCCCAGUUUACAGCUUCUUCCUCUACUGUUCUGUGUACGUCAGCUGCCUCUUCAUUACCGCAGUCACGGUGGGGCGCUACCUCAGCAUCGCCUUCCCCAUCAUCUACAAGAGAUACCGCCGUGCACGACUGUCCUGCUUCAUCUGCACCAUCUUGUGGGCGUUGGUGAUUGUGCACCUUGGGGUUGGCCUUGUGGCUGAAGGCGGGGCUUACUUUGUUGGCGUCCAGGAUGAUGUCUCUGCCUGUUACAACUAUUUCAACACGACGCAGCUGAAGAUCCUGCUUCCUCUUCGCUUGGAGAUGGCCAUCAUCUUGUUUAUUUUGCCUCUGGUUGUGACCUGCUUCUGCACGCUGCGCUGCGUCUCUCUGGUGUGGCGCUCAAAUUUGCCUCCUCUGGGGAAGAGGAGAGUCCUGGCGGUGGCGCUGUCCACGCUGGCUGUGUUUGUAAUCUGCUAUGCCCCCUACAAUGCCUCGCACAUUGUUGGGUUUGUUCAGCAGGAAAAUGUUAAAUGGAGAGCUACAGCAAUGCUGACGAGCUCCUGUAAUGUUUUCCUGGAGCCAGUGGUGAUGCUGAUGCUUUCGCCUGUUGUGUCGAAGGGCAUCCUAGGAAGAAUCUGUGGCCAGCAGAGUCACUUCAGGUGGAGCGAUGGGUCUCGACAUCGAGGAAAACCCACCCAUGGGUUUGCAAAUAUCAAGGUGCCACCUACAACGUCUGAGAAGGUGCAAACAGAGGUGACAAAAGAAAGUCAAGGAUACACUGGCGAACAAAACAAACCAACCAUCUUUCAUAUUCACGUCUGAACCAGCACAGAGUGCUGUGGAAGAAAGACUGCAGAACUCUGAUGAACACAGUCAUGAGAUACCGAGGACUCGUGUGGUUUCACCAGUUUGCUGAUGGUAAAACUUGCCUCAUGUUGUAGUUUUACGGUGACUCUUGCACACUGAGAGCAACGAUACUCUAAUAAUCCUCUCUAAAUAAAUAAACUAUCUGUAAGAUGGCAUGAGAGUUGAGUUUCUAUAAACACAAAGCCUUUUAUCAAAGCAGUGGUGACCUUUGAGUCAGACAAUACGUUUAGAGACAAAUCGCUCUGUUUGGCGUCUAAAAAGUCCCAAUGAGUCAGGCGUACCCCCUGAGUGGUGGGGACUCGGCGUGGAUUUGCCGCUCGCUGUCUGCGGACAUUAGAGGUUUCAUCGUCGAGCGUACCCAGGGAACCAAGGCAUCAUCGGACCAAGAGGAAGAGCUAAUUUGCCUUGUAGCUUUGGAAAAACCAAAAGAAAAGAAGGUUGUAUAUAAGGCCAUGGUAUAAACCAGACUAGGGACAAGGAUGGACAACCUGUCAGCGCGGCACAGAUAGUGGCAGUGAGACUGUCUGCGCCUCACCGACAAUGUGUCCGGUUGAUGUCCGCCUCGAGUCCGAGUGGACGCCCUUGGAGUCAUGUACGCCUGGCCAUGUUAGAGCCUAAACCAGCAGUUAUUCAACGUGUCAUUUCUCCAUGGUUUGGUGAACAGAUUUAAAUAAAAAGGGAUUAAUCAAAUUACAGCUCUGACAAAUAUUUAAUAUUUAACAAUAGUUUCAUGUCUAAAAUAAAUGAAUUGCUUUACUAGAUAAAUAAAUGUUUCUAAAUCAUUAAACCGAAGGUUAUUCUGAGAAACCGUGUCUGUCUGGAUUAUUGUCCAACAAACAUAAAGGAAGGAGUGUUUUUUUUUUUACUUUUUUACCUAACUGGA